UGAGGUUCGGCGGGGGCGGCGCAGAGAGCAUCGCCGGUCGGGCGGAAGGUUGGGGUGCCGCGUAGACCGAAGCAGCCGGGGAAGGAACGCGGCGAAAGCCGGAGCAGCGAGGCGCUGCUGCUCCCUGGCCCCAAGCAGACAGAGAGGCUUAUGGGCGUUCCGAGGAUGCCCCUGACACUCCUGGAGAGCCACUGCGUCUAACCCGCGAGGAACACGUGGUAAGGUGUGACUGGUCAAAGGACAGGCCGCAGUAUCGUGGGCUGGAGGCUGUGACUCAACUUGGCAGAUGGGCCGCCUGAUUCUUUCUUCAGGGCGUUAAAGGGUCUGUACGUGGUUCUACCCGCCCUGCGACGAUCCUAAGGAGAUUGUGCCAAGGAGGGUGUCAUGCACGUCGGUCUUCCAGGGGUGGAGGUCUCAUCUGCAUUGGCCCCCUUCCAGCCUACAGGAGCUUGGAAUGUUUAGGGUAUUUUUGUUUUAAGUUUUACUUCGGGUUUGAAGACUGGGAACGUGGCUGAGUAGGCAUUAUUAUCCCUGAAAUAAACCGGUCAGAAUGGGAGACCAGGCCCCACCCACACUCAUGCAGCUGGCAAGACAGAGGCUGCUGAGGGAGGAGAAUUUGAUCAUUUCUACCCUGGAGGAGCUGCCCAUGGGGCUGCUCCCGGCGAUGUUUGAGGAGGCCUUCACUGACAGACGUAUAAACAUCCUGAGGGCCAUGGUGUCUGCCUGGCCAUUCCCAUGCCUUCCUGCGGGAACCCUGAUAAAGGACCCCCACCUGGAGAUUUUGAAAGCUCUGCUUGCUGGACUAGAUGUGCUGAUUACAGAGAAGGUUCAUCCAAGGCGUUCGAAACUCAGAGUGCUUGAUUUGACGAAUGUGCACCAGGACUUCUGGAGCAUUAGGGCUGAAACCCAGGAAGGUGACCGCUCACCACAAGCCAAGAGGCAGAAGCAACCAGUGGAGGAGAUCUGCCCUAAUUCUGGGGUGAAGAAACGUUUUAAGGUGGUAACUGAUCUUGAACUCAUAAAGGCCAGGUUCAAUAAAUGUGAAACGUACCUGUUACAGUGGGCCCAGCAGCGCAAAGGUUCCAUUCAUCUAUGCUGCAGAAAGCUGAAGAUUUGGGAUUCACCUGUCUUUGCUGCAUUACAGAUCUUCAAAAAUAUAGAUCUGGACUGUAUCCUGGAGCUGCAGCUGAGUCAAUGGUCACUUGAAUUCAUGGCACAGCUUUUUCCUUACCUGGAGCAGAUGAGAAAUCUUCACACGCUUGUGCUAGAGGGAAUUCCGAAGCCCUUCAGAUUUGCUGCCUCUGCAGAGCAGGGAUGGAUAAGCAUGUUGCUCUCUCAGAUCUCCAAGCUCCCGUGUCUCCAGAAUCUCUAUGUGUAUAACAUCUACUUUUUAACAGGCUGCCUUGAAGAGUGGCUCAGGUGCCUGAAGACCCCCUUGAAGACCCUGUCAAUCACUGACUGCCGCCUCUCCCAGUCAGACUUGGAUUACCUGAGCCAGUGCCUGAACAUCCGUGAGCUCAGACACCUGAACCUGAGUGGUGUAGUGCUCUCCGAUUCAUGCCCUAAGCUUCUCGGGCUUCUCCUUGCAAGAAUCUCAAGUACCCUGCAAACCCUGGAAUUGGAGGAGUGCGAGAUGAGGGACUCUCAUUUCAUUGCUAUCUUGCCUGCCCUGAGCCACUGCUUCCAGCUUACCAAGGUCAAUUUCUAUCAUAAUAAUAUCUCUCUGCUUGUCCUGAAGAACCUUCUACGUCACACAGCCAAGCUGACCAAGCUGGCCCAGGAGCUGUACCCUGCCCCUCUGGAAUGCUAUGAGGAAUUGAGAAUACUUAGAAACAAAUUUAAGCUGCUUUGUCCCGAGCUGCUGGAUAUACUCAGGGCCAAAAGGCAGCCCAAGAAAGUCUCCUUUUCUACAAGAACCUGCCUGGACUGUUUUCACUCCUGUUUCUUUGACCUGGAGGCCAGACUUUGCCUUUGUCCUUUCUCAAGAUAAAAGAGGAUGUCUCCAUGACUGUUUCUUUUAUCUUUGUUCUGACUGUCAACAAUCAACCUUUAAAAACAAAAGUUGAUAUUUGGAAAUCUUUCAUAU